AUGAAUUACCAUUAAGAAGUAUUAAAAUAUGGAUUUAGUAAUUAGAAAUAUCGAUUGAUGAGAACUCAACUCCCAUUCGAUUGAAAUGGACUGGCAGAAAUAAAGCCUGUUGUAAUGAUAAAAUAUUUUAUACCAACCAAAGUGCUAAAUUUCUCAUAGUUCUUUCUCUGUUAUUUAUUGAAGCCAUUCUAUAUUAGAUGAUUUAUGUAAAAUUUAUUCUAACCCUUAGAUGAAGAUACAAUAUUAUGAAUUAAUUCUAUCACUCAUAUCUAUAUAUUUAUUGAUCAUUACUUAUUGUACUGAUCCUGGAAUAAUGCCUAAAAUUGUAAUAUAUGAAUAUGUAUGUAGAUAGUUUUAUAAACAUGAAGAUGACAUAGAAAAAUUAUAGAUACCUUAAUCAACUAAAAAGAAAGAGAUUUAACAUGUUAUUGUCAGAUUAGAAACUCAUACAAUCAGAUUAAAAUAUUGUCCAACUUGCAAAAUAUAUAGGCCAUCUAGAUUAUCCCAUUGUGGUUUUUGCAAUAAUUGUGUUUUAAGAUUUGAUCAUCAUUGCAAUUGGAUUGGUACAUGUAUAGGGAAGAGAAAUGUAAGAUCUUUUUAUUUUUUUUUACUCAUCCUAAACACUCAAUUUAUAUUAGAAAUAGUCAAGCUCUCUAUUUAAUAAUCGACUAUUUGUAUCUAUUGUAUAGCUAUGAUCAUUGUCUUAGCUUUGAUUACAAUUCUAACAUUAGCAUUAUUUUGUUAUCAUACAUAUCUAAUUUGCAAGAAUUAAACUACAAAUGAACAUUUAAAACACACUUGGACUUUGGAUAGUGGAAAUCCAUAUGACAAGUAAGCAGAUUUCAUAAUUAACUUAGGGGUUCAAUCUCAAAAAAUAUCUGUAAUAUAUUAUUUGGUAAUGUACCAAAUCGAUUGGUUUAUUUAAAUAAAAGAUUAUUUUCUUAACCUAUCCUUAAGGCAAAAGAAGAUAAGUAAAUCUAAUAAGUUGAGUUGACAAAGGUUAACUUAUAGACUGAUUGA